UAGUUAUGGAAAAGUGCUAUCCAACAGUAAGUGAGGAUUACCAGAAGGUAGAUGAGAAAUGCAAGAAGAAGCUCAGAGGAUUCAUCAUUGAGAAGCAUUGUGCUCCAUUGAUGCUCCGAUUAGCAUGGCACUCGGCUGGGACUUACGAUUUAAAAACCAAAACAGGGGGACCAUUUGAGAUGAUGAAGCACCAAGUUGAGCUUGCUCACGAAGCCAACAACGGACUUGAUAUUGCUGUGAGGCUAUUGGAGCCCAUAAAGGAGCUAUUUCCAAUCCUAUCCUAUGCAGACUUCUACCAGUUGGCUGGGAUUGUUGCUAUUGAAGUUACAGGAGGCCUUGAGAUUCCUUUCACCCCGGAAGACCGGUUCGAACCAUCUGAGGGACAUUUUUGGCCACAUGGGGCUCAGUGAUAAAGAUAUUGUUGCUUUAUCUGGUGGCCACACUCUGGUAGGUUCAGGAAACUGUGCGUCUGCAUUUUUUUUAAAAAACUUGAAUGGAAUAUUAAUAUUGAUAUGGUUAGAGUAUGUUAUUUGCCAUAAUGUCGACAAAUUUUCCGUGUUUGCCGGGGACGAUUGAACAGGGACGGUGUCAUAUGUAGCGUUCUAGUUUUGAGGGACCUUGGACUACAAAUCUUCUCAUCUUUGAUCAUUCCUACUUC